CCCUCCCCGCCCCUCCCCCUCCCCCGCUGCUGCCUGGCAGGAGGGAGCCGAGCCAGCCCUGGGAGGAGGCAGCGCAGCGGCGGAGCCCGAGCCGGAGGGCAGCUCAGCCCGCUUCUGCCAGGCUCGCCCCCGGCGCCCCCCCCCCCGGUCAGCAGGCGACGGAGCCCCUCGGCCGCGGCGAUGACGGAGCCUUCGAGGGGGCCCCGAUGACGGGCCCGGACGCCGCCGGGCGCCCCCGCCAUGGCCUAGCCCCCGCCGCCCUCGCCCGCCGCCGCCAUGGGAGGCUGCUUCUCCAAGCCCAAGCCAGUGGAGCUCAAGAUCGAGGUGGUGCUCCCCGAGAAGGAGCGAGCCAAAGAUGACGCCUCCCCCAACGGCCAGGCCAGCCCCCUGGCCUACAAAGCCAACGGCCGGGCCCGCCACUACCACCCGGAGGAGCGGCCCUCCACCCUGCACCCCUACCCCAGCCCUCACGACCGCGUGGAGGCCGCCGUGUGCCAUGUCAAGGACCUGGAGAACGGCCAGAUGCGAGAGGUGGAGCUGGGCUGGGGCAAGGCCCUCCUGGUGAAGGAGAACGGGGAGUUCCACGCCCUGGGCCACAAGUGUCCCCACUACGGAGCCCCCCUGGUGAAAGGGGUUCUCUCCAGGGGCAGGGUCCGGUGCCCCUGGCAUGGGGCCUGUUUCAACAUCACCACCGGAGACAUCGAGGACUUCCCGGGCCUGGACAGUCUGCCCAAGUUCCAGGUGAAGAUUGAGAAGGAGAAGGUGUACAUCCGGGCCAGUAAACAGGCCCUGCAGACCCAGAGGAGGACCAAAGUGAUGGCCAAGUGCAUCUCUCCGGGGGCCGGUGACGGCAGUCCGUUGCUCAGUCUUCUUCCCGUAGGGGCGGCCGGCCUGGUGUGUGCAGAGACCCUGAGACAGGAGGGCUUCUCCGACCGAAUCGUGAUGUGCACUAUGGACAGACACCUUCCUUACGACCGCCCCAAGCUCAGCAAGUCCCUGGACUCCCAGCCGGAGCAGAUCGCCCUCAGGCCCAAGGAAUUCUUUCUGACGUAUGACAUUGAAGUCCUGACUGAGACCCAGGUUGUCACAGUGGAUGUGAAGAACAAGAAAGCAAUAUUCAAAGAUGGCUUUAAGAUGGAAUACAAUAAGUUGCUCUUGGCCCCGGGAAACACCCCCAAGACACUCAACUGCAAAGGAAAAGAAGUGGAGAACGUCUUCACUAUUCGGACUCCAGAGGACGCCAAUAGGAUAGGGAAGCUGGCACGUGGGAGGAAUGCGGUCGUUGUUGGGGCCGCCUUCUUGGGAAUGGAGGUGGCCGCCUAUCUGACCGACAAGGCACACUCCGUGUCAGUCGUGGAGUUAGAAGAGACGCCGUUCCGGAAGUUCCUCGGGGAGAAGGUUGGCCGAGCCCUCAUGAAGAUGUUUGAGAACAACGGGAUCAAGUUUUACAUGCAGACUGAAGUCUCAGAGCUCCGGGCCCAGGAAGGGAAGCUGAAGGAGGUGGUGCUGAAGAGCGGCAAGGUGCUUCGAGCCGACGUCUGCGUGGUGGGCAUAGGCGCGGUGCCAGCCACAGGCUUCCUCAAACAGAGCGGAAUCAACAUGGACGCCCGCGGCUUCAUUCCUGUUAACAAGAUGAUGCAGACAAACAUCCCCGGAGUCUUUGCGGCCGGUGACGCCGUCACGUUCCCACUGGCCUUGAGGGGCAACAAGAAAGUGAAUAUUCCGCACUGGCAGAUGGCCCACAUCCACGGGCGCGUGGCGGCUCAGAACAUGCUGGCCCAGGAAGCCGAGAUCAGCACCGUGCCCUGCCUGUGGACCGCCAUGUUUGGCAAGAGUAUCCGCUACACAGGGUAUGGGGACGGAUUUGAUGACGUCAUCAUCCAGGGGGACUUGGACGAGCUGAAGUUUGUGGCUUUUUACACCAAGAAUGAUGAGGUGAUCGCCGUAGCCAGCAUGAACUAUGACCCGAUCGUCUCCAAAGUGGCGGAAGUUCUGGCCUCGGGGAGAACGAUCCGCAAGCGGGAUGUGGAGACCGGGGACAUGUCGUGGCUGACGGGCAAAGGCUACUGAGCCCCGGGCGGCCGGGGCGCCGCAGCUGCGGCACAUCUGCCAGGACGUGGUCGGACUCUUGCCAAACCGCCGCCUUCCCAGCCCCUCCCCCCGAGCCGGAUCCAGCCCGCCUGGGGCUCGGGGCGGCUCCGGGUCAGCAUCCGGGGCUUCCGGGUGGCACAGGAGGAGCGGGAGCCCCUCCCCCAGCGGCCGCGCCCGCCUCUGGCCAGCCCCUCCCCCAGCGCCGCUCCCCGGCCAUCUCCAGGAUGGAGCCGAGUGCGUUUCCGGGCCUUAGGUCCGCGCCUGUAAGUGAGAGGACUCGGACUAGGCCUUUGGGGUCCGGCCACGUUUUAACCCCCGCAGGAUGAUCCUCUCU